AUGUUCCAGCAGUUACGAUUUGGACUUAAUCCGAUGUCAUUCCUUCAAGUAGAAAAAAAGAAAUUUCAGAUACACCAGUAUCAAGUCACAAUCGCAAAAAUGAGUGCACGUAGAACUAGUGUUGUGAAAAACAGAGAGCAGGUGUGUGAUAUUUUCUGGCAAUGCGUAAGGCGCAAUGAAGACUUCUUCGGACCAUACUACGAGAUCACUUUUGAUGACUACGCAAGUGCGUUUUCUAUAAAUCAGUGGAAGUUUAGGAAUGAAGAGAAUGAAAAAUUUGAGUGGAGAUGUUCAAGUUCAAACAAGAGAGUAACCCUCACGGUCAGCUAUGUAUCUCACUUUAAAUUUGAUAUUAAUGCUGACGAUGUUGCCCAGAGAAAUCUGUCUGCAACAGUAGUCAAGUCGCUUGUUUCUCAACGUGCGCGAUACUUCCCUGCAGAAGGUGAUAAUGACUGGACGUUCAUAAAUCGUUGGAAAUCGUGCUCUGGUUCUCUGUACUAUAUUCCUCGGGUUUCCACUGAUCCAAAGGUCUACAUAGACGCCGGUGUACGUGCAUGGCUUGGCGUCUAUCACUCCGUGAAGGUUCUUCAAGAUCGGAAUCCAGCGCUUUGUUUCGGAUUGGUAAAUCGAUUGUUCUAUGAAUUGGAUAUGGGUCUUGUGGAUUUUUAUUGUGAAGUCCUAAACGAGACUGGAUUGUAUCGACAGGGGCACAGCAGUUCUAGGAAUAUUAUGAGAAAAAUGGCCAUGAACCAAACUCAGAGGAUUAAAAUGAACAGUCUCCUUCGUGGAGUUCGUUUGAAAACCAGUGAAGCGCUGUGUGCUGAUAGGACCAACUGCUACAGUUUGAAGGAGCGUCGUGUUACUUUUGUCAAGGUGCAUGAUUUUUGCGCACAAUCUUACAAAAUGGCUCGUUGCUGUAAUGUACAUGGAAGUCCGACAAUGGCAGAAGUUUAUUAUGGAUUAGGGAGAAAGCUUGAGUUUCCGUAUCUACCGCUUUGUGAAGUAGGAAAGGGAAUGAUAUUGCCAUUAGAGGUGCUUCGCUUGUGUGAUAAACCACAACGCUAUUCAAAAAUGCUUAGCGAAUCAAUGGCAGUGAAAUUCAUCAAGGGAGUUAGCCGAGAACCACAUCAGCAUAAGCAACUUGUAGAACAUAUUUUCAACACGAUGGAGUUCGACGUUGCGGAUACUGUUAAGUUUUUGAAUGCAUUCAAGAUUGGAAUUAUUCCAAAAAUGAUUCAGUGCGAUGGGACAGUCCUUGAUUCUCCAGUUGCUAUUGAUAAGGAAAGAAAUGAGGUUCCUAUGACACCUGAACGUGCCAUCAAAAGGAAAGAACUUAAUGGUGAGUUGGAUUCGUCCACUAAUGUGUUCAGAAAGCAAUUUUUCGAAGAUAUGAUUGACAAAUGUCGCGAACGUGGUUUGUGCAUGGCUUCCGAACCUCUUCGGGUGUACCACAACAUUACUAUAGAUGGAUUUGAGAAAUGCGUCAAGGACGCAACUAUACGCUUUUCCAAGCUACAGCGUGAAGCUGGUGACCGUAACAUGGAGAAAAUCCUUCUUGUGAUUGUCAUAAACGAUCGUACUUACCUUGGAAAUAAAUAUGCAAAUGGCCUGAAUUCUUAUGGAUUUAUUAAAUCAAUCUGUGACAACAAUUACGGUAUUGCUAAUCAAGUUGUUGACGCUUCCACGGUUAUUAGAGCGACAUUGACAGAAACGAAGUACGACGAACAGACAAUUUACUACAACAUUGCGUUAAAGAUUAACGCGAAGUUAGGUGGGAUCAACCAGGCUGUUAUUUUCGACGACGAUUCAAGAUCCGCUGAUGCUCCACGGAAGGAUGCCGUAAUGUACGUAGGAAUAGAUGUUACGCAUCCAACCACCAACGAAGAUGAUGACAUCUCUAUCGCUUGUGUGGUUGCCAAUAUUGAUUUGGCUGCUACGCGGUACGUAAGUAAAAUAUCGGUUCAAAUGCGCGCAAGAGAAACGAUCGAACGCUUUGACAUCCAGUUUCGUGAAUUAAUGUUCAAUUUCCGCGAGCAUACAGGGGUAUGGCCUCGUCACGUAGUAAUUCUGCGAGACGGGGUGUGCGAUUCUGAGAUGAUACGGACCGCUUCAGCAGAGUUGCGCUUUAUAAGAAAGUCAUGGGAGAAGUUGACUGACGAUUGCCCUGAUUCAAAACCCACCUACACCUAUAUCACAAUUCAGAAACGUCACCUCACUCGCUUCUACCAGCCAGGUGAUGGUCAAGAUGGAUACAAGACUUACGUAAACCUGCCUUCUGGUACUGUGGUCGACAAUGUAGUGGUCUCUCCAAUUCUCUUCGAUUUCUAUAUGGUUUCACAAAUAGGAGUUUUGGGAACUGCUCGUCCUUCCCACUACACAGUAGUUUUCGAUGAGUGGGGUCUCAGUGCCGACAAAAUCUAUGUUUGUUUAUGUUCUUUGGCUUUUAUUUCUUUCGCUAUGACGUAUAUGAUUGUUGUUGUCCAUCGAAAUGUGUUUGUCAGUCUUAGCGAAGAAGACCUUGACAUGAGGAAAAUUGAAAUUGAGAAGCGAUUGUCAGUAGACCGUCGGUAUCCUGGUAUGCAUUUUGUUUAG